UCCGUUGACUGAAAAUGAGCGGAGCUGGGCGUCCGGCGCCGGCGGCCUCUGGUGAGAUCCUGAGGGUCCAAGGAUUUUGUAGCUACGAUGCUUUCACGACUUUUCCGUAUGCAUGGCCUCUUUGUGGCCUCCCAUCCCUGGGAAGUCAUCGUGGGGACAGUGACACUGACCAUCUGUAUGAUGUCCAUGAACAUGUUCACUGGUAACGAUAAGAUCUGUGGUUGGAAUUACGAGUGUCCGAAGUUUGAAGAGGAUGUUUUGAGCAGUGAUAUUAUAAUUCUGACCAUAACACGAUGCAUAGCAAUCCUGUAUAUUUACUUCCAGUUCCAGAAUUUACGUCAGCUUGGAUCAAAAUAUAUUUUGGGUAUUGCUGGCCUCUUCACAAUUUUCUCAAGUUUUGUAUUCAGCACAGUUGUCAUUCACUUCUUAGAUAAAGAACUGACGGGCUUGAAUGAAGCUUUGCCAUUUUUCCUGCUUCUGAUUGAUCUUUCCAGAGCAAGUGCAUUAGCAAAGUUUGCCCUUAGUUCCAACUCCCAGGAUGAAGUCAGAGAAAAUAUUGCUCGUGGAAUGGCAAUUUUAGGGCCCACAUUCACCCUGGAUGCUCUUGUUGAAUGUCUUGUGAUUGGAGUUGGUACCAUGUCAGGAGUGCGCCAGCUUGAAAUCAUGUGCUGCUUUGGCUGCAUGUCAGUUCUUGCCAACUACUUCGUGUUCAUGACUUUCUUCCCUGCUUGUGUGUCCUUGGUGUUAGAGCUUUCCCGGGAAAGCCGAGAGGGUCGUCCAAUUUGGCAGCUCAGCCAUUUUGCCCGAGUGUUAGAAGAAGAAGAAAAUAAACCAAAUCCUGUAACUCAGAGGGUGAAGAUGAUUAUGUCUCUAGGCUUGGUUCUUGUUCAUGCUCACAGUCGCUGGAUAGCUGAUCCUUCUCCUCAGAACAGUACAGCAGACAAUUCUAAGGUUUCUUUAGGAUUGGAUGAAAAUGUGUCCAAGAGAAUUGAACCAAGUGUUUCCCUCUGGCAGUUUUAUCUCUCUAAAAUGAUCAGCAUGGAUAUUGAACAAGUGAUUACUCUAAGUUUAGCUCUUCUUCUGGCUGUCAAGUAUAUCUUCUUUGAACAAGCAGAAACGGAAUCUACACUCUCAUUAAAAAACCCUAUCACAUCUCCUGUAGUGACCCAAAAGAAAGUCCCAGACAGUUGUUGUAGACGUGAACCUGUGGUGGUCAGAAAUAACCAGAAAUUCUGUUCAGUGGAGGAAGAGGCAGGAAUAAACCAAGAAAGAAAAGUUGAGGUUAUAAAGCCCUUAGUGGCUGAAACUGACUCCCCACACAGAGCUGCAUUUGUGGUUGGUGGCUCCUCCUUUCCUGAUACUUCGCUGGUACUGGAGACGAAGGAACCUGAGAUUGAACUUCCCAAAGAGCCUCGGCCUAAUGAAGAAUGUCUGCAGAUACUUGGGAAUGCAGAGAAAGGUGCAAAAUUCCUUAGUGAUGCUGAGAUCAUCCAGUUAGUUAAUGCAAAGCAUAUCCCAGCCUACAAAUUGGAGACCCUGAUGGAAACCCACGAACGAGGUGUAUCUAUUCGUCGACAGUUACUUUCCAAAAAGCUUCCAGAGCCUUCUUCUCUCCAGUACCUACCCUAUAGGGAUUAUAAUUACUCCCUGGUGCUGGGUGCCUGCUGUGAGAACGUGAUUGGGUACAUGCCCAUCCCCGUGGGAGUGGUGGGACCUCUCUGCUUGGAUGGAAAGGAAUUCCAGGUUCCCAUGGCAACAACAGAAGGCUGUCUGGUGGCCAGCACUAACAGAGGCUGCCGGGCAAUAUGUCUUGGUGGCGGUGCCAGCAGCCGAGUCCUUGCAGACGGAAUGACGCGUGGCCCAGUCGUGCGUCUUCCCCGUGCUUGUGACUCUGCAGAAGUGAAGGCCUGGCUCGAAACCCCAGAAGGGUUCGCAGUGAUAAAGGAGGCAUUUGAUAGCACUAGCAGAUUUGCCCGUCUGCAGAAACUUCAUAUAAGUAUGGCUGGACGCAAUCUUUAUAUCCGUUUCCAGUCCAGGACUGGGGAUGCCAUGGGGAUGAACAUGAUUUCAAAGGGUACAGAAAAAGCGCUCUCCAAGCUGCAUGAGUAUUUCCCUGAAAUGCAGAUUCUGGCAGUCAGUGGCAACUACUGCACUGACAAGAAGCCUGCUGCUGUCAACUGGAUAGAGGGGCGAGGAAAGACUGUUGUCUGUGAGGCUGUCAUUCCAGCCAAGGUUGUCAGAGAGGUGUUGAAGACCACCACAGAGGCAAUGAUUGACGUCAACAUUAACAAGAAUCUGGUGGGCUCUGCCAUGGCUGGGAGCAUAGGUGGCUACAACGCCCAUGCAGCCAACGUUGUCACUGCUAUCUACAUUGCCUGUGGACAGGAUGCAGCACAGAACGUGGGUAGUUCAAACUGCAUUACUUUGAUGGAAGCAAGUGGCCCAGCCAACGAGGACUUGUACAUCAGCUGCACCAUGCCAUCCAUAGAGAUCGGAACCGUGGGUGGCGGGACCAACCUCCUGCCUCAGCAGGCCUGUUUGCAGAUGCUGGGUGUCCAGGGAGCCUGCAAGGACAGCCCAGGGGAGAACGCCCGGCAGCUCGCCCGGAUAGUGUGUGGGACAGUGAUGGCAGGGGAGCUGUCCCUGAUGGCAGCACUGGCAGCUGGACAUCUUGUCAAAAGUCACAUGAUUCACAACAGGUCAAAGAUCAAUUUACAAGAUCUCGAAGGAGCUUGCACCAAGAAGGCAGCGUGACUAGCCUGGCAGCUGGGAACUGGACUCCGUGGGCACUGGGUUCUAAAGGACUAACAUAAAGUCUGUGAAUUAAAAAUCUCAAUGCAGUGUCUCGGUGAAGAUGAGUGGACACGACCGGGCGAUGGCUGCUUGGUGUUGGGCUCUCGCAGAGGUUGGGUCCUUUCCUUGCAGACCGCUCAGAUCUGAACCAUGUUAGCGCUUUACGUGCUGUGUGCUUUGGGACGAUUUCUCCACGGAUCCUGGGCUUCAGCGCACCAGUCAGCUGCAGUUCACUUGUGAAAGCAGAGACAAGCUGGGGAAAAUUCCUUUCUUUUGAUGAAGAGCGUAGUGAUCAGGAUGAGAUUGCUCUCCCGUUGCAGUCCCCGUGGGCUGAAAAUGGAUUUUUAAAUUAUAUUGUAGAUGACAAAACUGCUGAUUUUAUAGUUAAUUUAUUAUUCAGUCUGAGCGGUAGAACUUUAAGAGCUAUGUUUAUUUUUUUGUAAAGCUAAUACUCCAUUUGGUGCUGGUCUAGUUUGGUUUCGGGAGUCACUAACAUGAUUCCAGGGGCCCUGCCUCUGAGGGAAGAGACUCUCACCCCCACUGCAGAGUACUGCACCAAGCAGGGCAGAGUAGCUCUGUUCAGGAAAACCCACCUCUGCGCUUACCUCCCUGGGCCGUUCGCUCCGAGGGGCCGUUCGUCUGGGUGCCGUGUCUGUCUCGAUUGGCUGUGACGGUCUCAGCACUGGGCGCUAGGAGACAGCGCUGUGCGCUCUGCUGAAGGUGCCAGAGCUUAGACAAGGCGACGGUCGAGCACGAACAAGAACUCAGCGUGGAGUUUUCAAAGGAAAAUACCGUUUCUCUAAGCCGACUUUAAUUUCUUACAGGACAUUUUAAUUUAUCUAGCUGAAAAAUCUAGAGUUUUUUUGUAAGCAGCUCUAUCAGAUCUGUAAAUGUUGUAAUAAAGCUUCUUAAGCUGGGAGAUGACUGAAAAUAGAGUUCAAGAAUUAAAGACCAAUCAGUUUGUAUCCUGAGAAAACAUUCUAGCUUGAGCCAGAACGCAGUUUCCUGUCGUGUGACCCAGGAAGCCAGCGAGGGAGGGUCAGCGGGCAGAGCCAGCGAGGGCCCUGAGUCAGUGCCUUGUUCCUGUGGCCAGGAUGCUGGGGACUGAGCACUUGAUGGAUCCAGGACAGCUCUCAGCUUCCUCAGGGGCUCAGCAGAGUUGUCGAAGCCUACCUUUUUGUUCAUGGGAAAGUUUUGUAUAAAUAAAGAACUGCUUUAUUUUGCAUUCCAUCUGACGCCUCAAGUGUGGAAGACAGAUCCGCGGAGCGACGGGCAAGGCGGUGGCAGCGUGCGGAGCCCAGUGGCCGCCCCGCCGCGGCUUCCGACGCCUCUGUUGCUUUCCAGCAGUGGCGGACUCAGCAGUCUCUUCAUGUGGCGACUGUCACCAGUUUCAUUGUGCUAAAUCAGUGUUUUGUACGAUUACUAAAUUGUAUACAUUUUGUUAAGAGUACUUUUUCUCAGUUCCAGUAAAUUAAUUAUGAAGAGGAAGUUAA